AUGAGUGGAAAAGGCUGCCAGCUCCUGGUGUCUCCCUGCAAUGUGUCGCCAUCACUAACCAUGAUCAGAGGGCACCAGACCCAAGCUAUCAGGAUGCCCACAUCAUCCCCUGAACUGACCAUUCUCACUCCCUCCUUGGGGAGAACCGAGAAAGUGAAAAGGGGGACCAUCCAUCCUCUAAACUCCAUAAAACAGAGUGGAGGCCACAUUGCCCUGCCGAACCUGAGCCUCCGCAGACAGGUGUUGACCCAUGGAAAUCAUCUAGCGGGGCCAACUACACCUCCACAGCAGCAGCUACCCACAACACUGAGAACCACCAAGCCAACAAGAUGUACCUCCUCUAACAACGGCUUCAAAGAUUGUGCAGUGUCUGGUUCUGCCAUGGAUGUAUUUGGUCGAGCAGCUGCUGUUAGCUUGACCAUGACCAGCCCUCCCAUGAGUGUUGUUACAGGCCACACAUACACUACAGGCCCUCAGAGCCAGUCUGAUGCCAGGUCCUUGCUAUCCAGAGAAUCCCUGGCGUCCACUACUCUCAGCCUCUUUGAAACCCAGUCGAUGUUUAGUGGCAGACACGACUGGCCAUAUGGAUACCGUGUGCUUCCUCCCUUGGGACCGCCUCAAAGCUCUACACAAGCCAGCGAGGGCGGUGAGCAGUUCAGCAUUUCCCCCGGCACGGCCAUGUCGGGCACGACCAUUUCAGGUGGCACAAGCACCUCUGCCUCCCUGCCCUCAUACCUCUUUACAGGCGAGGUUGGGAGCCCCAGGCAAUCUUGCGCUAAGAAGAGAGCUCUCUCCAUGUCACCUUUGUCAGAUGUCAUGGGUAUUGAUUUUAACUCCAUUAUACGCACCUCGCCUACCUCACUUGUGGCUUACAUCAAUGGUUCCCGCGGCUCUCCAUCCUCCCACUCCACACUCUCACCUGUUCAGUCCGAGGGAUAUGGUCAUUUUCUGGGGGUGAGAGGCCGCUGCAUCCCCAAGAAUUAUCCCUACGGCAUGCCGGGCUCUUUGCAAGCUCUCGGCCAACAGUCAAAGUGUGGUGUUUUGCAGGUGCUUGAAGAGGGAAGGGAUUUGGAGAGCCAGAUGGCUAACAUGAUGGUGAAGCAGCAGUCUCUCCCAAAUGAAACAGAUGUUCCGGAGAAGUCUAUAGAUAGCUUUAGCCAAUCUUCCAACAAUAUUCUGCAACCUCUGCAGUUAGAAGCAGCUUCGCUGUCAACGGUCCAAGAACCUACUUCUCCAAAGGGGCCUCCACCGCCCUACCACUCACACCAGCAUAUCCACCUCGCCAGAUAUCAGCGCAGAAUAAAGCCCCCUUCUCAGGACCCUGUCAUACAAGCUCCCAUGUUUCCUCACAGGCAUGGGAUCAGCUUUUUACCACAGAUUCCAAUGCUGGAAGAGGAAGAAGGAGAGCUGGAGGACUGUGGCACCCACUACUGCAGGUGGAUGGAUUGCAGUGCAGUUUAUGACCAAAAGGAGGAGCUGGUAAGGCAUAUUGAGAAGCAGCAUGUGGACCAAAGGAAGGCUGAGGAUUUCACAUGUUACUGGGUGGGCUGUCCUCGCAACUUGAAACCCUUCAACGCUCGAUACAAGCUUCUUAUCCACAUGAGGGUCCACUCAGGAGCGAAACCCAACAAAUGUUCGUUUGAGGGCUGCAAGAAAGCUUUCUCUCGGCUUGAAAAUCUGAAGAUCCACCUGCGCAGCCACACAGGGGAGAAGCCCUAUCUCUGUCAGCACCCUGGUUGCCACAAGGCCUUCAGUAACUCGAGUGACAGAGCUAAACACCAGCGUACACACCUGGACACAAAGCCAUAUGGAUGCCAGGUGCCUGGUUGUUCGAAGCGCUACACUGAUCCCAGUUCACUGAGAAAACACAUGAAAUCACAUUCGUCAAAUGAGCGACAACUACGGAAGAAGAUGAAAUCCUCCACUGAGGAAACCUCAGACAUACUGACGGACUGUUUAACCAUCCACCCUCUACAUACCAACCUUUCCUCUUUGGCAAGACUGGACAGUCUAUCUCCUGGUGCAUCUCAUGAGUCGUUCUCUGAUGCAAUGGGACAAGACCCCUACAAGAGUCCUCACCUUGCUCUAAGGUCAAUCUCUUUACAAGAUAACUACAGGUUUGUUGAUCCUUCCUCCCAUCAGCUCUUCACCCAUCCUGCCAGUGGAGCGUGCCUCCAGAACAACGGUGAUUUGAAGCAGUUCAAUCAACCUCCUCCUGUGGUAAAUCACAGCACAGGAUUUGAUGUCCACAAUCAAGGGGAAGAAGCAUCUCCUCAUCAAGUAUUACAUGGUGGGGAUUACUUUGGUGUGGUGGACCGUGCCAUGAGUGAGGUCUCCUGCAUCUAUAAUGAGGGAUGA